UCGGCAUCGAGACCUGAGACCCACAAAGUGCGGAGAAACGGCGGCAGCGUUUUCAUGAGUUUCACAUGUAGGCAGCUCGAAGGCGAUGAAGUUGUCUUGGUGUGAAUGGAAACCCUAGGACGCAGUAAGGUACCCGAUCAGAUCCGUUCCGUUUGGAUAAACUCCGGCGAACCAGUAAACUUUUCCGGCGGGUGAAAUCCAGUGACGAGAGCUGGUUUUCUAGGUUUUUUUCGCUCUCCGCUCAGUCGCGAAGUGCAAAUGGAGGCCUCCGACGGCGGCGGGAUCGGCCUCGACUGCAGCGUGGGCAACAUCGUCUGGGUUCGCCGGAGGAACGGGUCCUGGUGGCCUGGGCGUAUUCUCGGGCUAGACGAGUUGUCGGAAUCUCACCUGAUGUCACCGAGAUCCGGAACGCCGGUUAAGCUACUCGGGAGAGAAGAUGCCAGCGUGGAUUGGUACAACCUGGAAAAAUCUAAACGGGUGAAGGCAUUUCGAUGUGGAGAGUUUGAUGCUUGUAUUGAGAGGGCUGAAUCUUCCCAAAGCAUUCCCAUUAAAAAAAGGGAGAAAUAUGCACGUAGAGAAGAUGCUAUUCUUCAUGCCCUUGAGCUUGAGAAAAAGCAAAAAUUAGGGACUUCUCUAAAUGGCAUUAGCAAUAAAGCCAUUGGAACUUAUAAAAGAGAGCCAAUUACUUUUUCUUCUCCAGAAAUCCAUGUAAAACAUGAUGAGCCUGUUGCACGUGGAAAAAUAUCCUCUUACAAGUGUGGAAGUUUUCUUAAAAAGGUAGUUUUUUCACAUGAAGGAGGUGAUAUUGAUGAUCCCUCGUAUUUGCAUGAGGGAAGAGGUAACCAGCAUUUCAGUGUAGAACAUGAUAAUGCUGAAGCCAUUCCUCGGAUGAGAGGUUUACAAGAUUUUGGACUUAGAACGGCACAAUCUAAGAGAAAACCAUCUCUAUCCAGCAGUUGGGAGAAUUCUUGCAAAUCUAUUGAUAAUCAUGUGGAUUCCCUUCCCAGUUCUGGGUAUAGUAUGGAGGGAGCAGAUCAAGCUAGCACUAGCCGAAAUGAUGUGUCAGUCAAAAGGAAGAGAUCAUAUGGCACUGUCAUUGAUGAAUUUCUUGUUAGAAAGCGUGAUCGGCGUCGGCCUCUUGUUCAAGUUUUGCAAAGCAGUGCAGAAUUACCUCCGCUCUCUUUUCAGCCUUGUUGUAGUGCUACUGGAACUUCAAAGACAGAAGAAAUGGAUAAAAUGGCUUCUACUUGGCGGGCGAAACGGAGCAGAUGUGUUUAUUUACCUUCUGAUUUGGAUGACCAUCCUGAGCAUGGAAACAUGGGUGAAGUAUGUACCUCUUCUUGUUUAAUUGAAGUGAAUGACUCUGAUUGUUGUGAAGGUGACCUUCUGGAACCAGAUAUGGUAGAAGAAACGGAUAUGUUGAUAGAUACAACUGAUAUACUGUUACCGGGUUCAAAAGAUUGUGAUCCUCCUGAAUUUCAAGUUUCAGGAGGGUUCAGGAGCAUGAUCCAGGAGGACGUUCCUCUCUCUGGAUUUAUCUCCCAGCUACAUGAGCAGGCUAAAACUGCUUCUCCUGAGGCUGGAGUUUCCAAGUGGCGUAUGAAGGGUAAACGAAACAUUAGAAAUGUAGGAAAGAGGCUCUUGGAUUCAGGUGAUGUAAAGCCAUGCUGUCUUGAUUUAGAGAAAUGCAAUGGGUCCAUUAAUUCAACAUAUGAGAGCAAAGGUACUUUGAAGUUUGGUAGAACAGAAACAGCCAGCCAAAUAAUUCCAGGUCGGGGCUUUUACCCUAUAAAGGAAGAGCUUGAAUAUGCUUAUGAUGAGAAUGAUUUGAUUGAUAAAGAUUUGGAUCAGAACCAGUUGACUGAAUAUAGUAAUAUGAGAAUUUCUGUGCAAUCUGGCAGCCUCAAUGAUUCUGAUGAGGAUUCCCACGGUCUAAACCCAUCUGUCUGGGAGCCUUCAGAUUUGACUUGCAACCCAUUCUGGGAGGAACCAGCAGAACUAUUUGAUCGGGUUUAUGCUCCUCAUACUGGUAUGGAAAUGGAGCCCCUAUUGGUAGAUGUGGAUUUGAAGGUUCAAACUAGCUAUCAAGGUGAGCAUGUUCCUCUGGUUUCACUAAUGAGCAGACUUAAUGGCAAGGCAAUAAUAGGGCAUCCCAUACAGAUUGAAAUACUGGAAGAUGGCUCUCUCAGUCACCUCGUUUCAGUACACGAAGCUGUUAUGGACGAAAGCACAGCUCCGCAAGCAAUGUGGCGGACGGCACGAAGAACUGCAAUGCAGAGAGUUCCUCGUUCUAUUCCUUUGAUGGCGGCCUUGGAGGAAGACGAAGCUGACCUGUUCCAAUCUCCAGGGCGUGAAAGCAAACCCCCAUUACAUAAAGAAGCAUACUAUCACUACUUAAAACAUCAGGUGAGGCCGUGUAAGAAGAGAGUUUCUCUUGUUCAUCAAUCAGGUUUAAGGAAAUUCCAAAAGAAGAAUGCAAAGAGGAUAAGCUUGUCUAGUAAGAAGACAAGAACACUAUCUUCUCUUGCAACUGAUGGUCAUAAACUUGACAUUUCCAAUGAUCUCCUGAGAGGUUUGAUUAAACCAGAAGAGUCAGUACCUCUUGUAACGUGCGUUCCUGUGAAAGUUGCGUUCAGUCGGAUUCUAGAAGCUGUUGGUAGACCAUUAUCAGCUGUAGCUCACCGUGUAAGAAUAAGCAGUCCAGGAACUCGAAGCCCAUAGUAUUGUUCCAUAUGUCUUUGGUCUCUUGCUUCAUGUGCUCUACUGGAUGGAGCUAUAAGUUUUUUUAAUGGCGCAGAAGAACCUUCAUCUUCUUAGUCAUGGAGGAUGUGCCUUCUCAGAAUCACGAUUAACAGAUUCUGUAGAUACUCCAUUGUUAAUUGAGAAGAUAGUGGAGGCCUGGUUUAGUUGAGCUUUUAAUGUGGACCGUCUCUGGCUCGUUAUGUUUCUGAGGGCAAAUUAUUAGGUCCGGUAACAUGACAUAGGAAUACAUUCGGAUUUCUCUCUAUCUACAGUAAAGCGCAGUCAAAGUGCAAUUACUGUUGCAGCUGUGCUUUGACUGCACUUUUACUGUAGACAGAGAAAAAUCCGGAUGUAUCUCUCUGUCAGGUGACCGGACUUAAUAAUUUUCCGUUCCUGAGAAUGGGGGGUUUCUUCUGUCCGAUAUUUAUCUUUCAGCUCAGGGUGGGCUGAAUCCUGUAAAGUACUGACUUGCAUUUUAUGUUGGUUCAAGUGUUCAACAUGUUAUACGGAUGAGUUUCGGGUCAUGUAAAGGAGCUUUAUGUGAGACCACAAACAUAUACGGAAGUUAAUGAUUUCUCUAUUUAUUUUUUAGCAA